AUGAUAGCAGUUUAUGAAAAAUCGGUCAUAAAAUUAGUCCAGAUUUUAGACGAACGUAUUAAAGACCCUAGUUGUCGCAAAAUGUUGGAAGAUAUGAAAAAAGAUGUUAACAUAUCAGAUAAUUCCAAAAAUUCAAUUGUCUUGUACCUUCUUCGUGCUCUUUUUGUACCUACUACCAAAAAAGCCUAUGUCGAUUCUAGUGGAAAAAGAUGUUUACAAAAAUGUUCAAUUAAAGAUUCACAAAAUAGUUUGGUGAUGGUGGCAAAUACAAUCAUUGAAUUGGAAGAAAAUAUGAAAUCUAGAAAACAAAAAAAUAUUCCAAUACAACCUUGUAUGUUAAUAUUGUAA